GCGCGGGGUCUCUGCGCUCCGGCCGGCCGCCCAGACGCCGGGGCCAGUGUGGAGAAGGGCCCGGGUCAGAGGCAAGACCGGUCUAGGGCACUGGGGUCUGAUCUUGAUCAAGGCCCCGCCUGUCCAUGGGUUCUCCGGGCCUGCUUCAGUUUUCCUUUGCAACUGCCCUCCUGCCGCCAUGUUGCCCCUGCUGCCCCUGUGCCUUUGUCGCCUGUGGCCCCGCAGCCCUCUCACCCGGCUCUUCGCGGAGGCCGCCAGGCAGCGGUCUGGCCCCAGUAACUACUAUGAACUGUUGGGGGUGCAUCCUGGUGCCAGCACUGAAGAAGUUAAACGAGCUUUCUUCUCCAAGUCCAAAGAGCUGCACCCUGACCGGGACCCUGGAAACCCAGCCCUGCACAGCCGCUUUGUGGAGCUGAGUGAAGCAUACCAAGUACUCAGCCGGGAGCAGAGCCGCCGCAACUAUGAUCACCAGCUCCGCUCAGCGACUCCCCCAAAGCCUCCAGGAACCACAGCCCAUCCCAGGUCUACUCAUCAUACACACAGUAGCUCCUGGGCACCCCCCAAUGCACAAUACUGGGCCCAGUUUCCUGGUGUGAGGCCUCAGGGACCAGAGUCGAGGCGGCAGCAGCAUAGACACAAUCAGCGGGUGCUGGGGUACUGCCUCCUGAUCAUGCUGGCAGGCAUGGGCCUGCACUAUGUUGCCUUCAGGAAGCUGGAGCAGAUGCACCGUAGCUUCAUGGAUGAAAAGGAUCGGAUCAUCACAGCCAUCUACAAUGAGACUCGGGCCCGAGCCAGGGCCAACAAAGCCAGGCUCCAGCAGGAGCAACAGCAGAGGCAGCAGCUGCAGCCACCACCCGGGCCUCCCCCAGGCCCAGGGAUCAUGCCCCCCUGAGCCUCUCACCUGCAUGGAGCCUGCUGUGUGUUCCCUCUCGGGACUUCCCACCACCCAAAACGUGUGCAAUAAACAUGAUUCUCCGCGCUCA